AUGAAUGAGAAAGGAUUAGCAAGACCUCCAUUGACAUGUGACCUAACGCGCGGCGCCCGGCCCUUCCUGUUGCAGACCACGUGUCUGUCAGAGCUGCCCGACGUCGCGCCACCGCUGGGGCUGGUCCGCGGCCAGAACGGCUCGCUGCGCUGCAACGGCCGCCCCACCCAAAUCCAGCCUGAUUCCGGCAGCUCAUGCAGCAGCAAGGGCGACAGCUCGGCUGAAGGAGCCAAAGUCAUUCAAAUUACAUGA